AAAACUUCAAGCAACUCAAAAACGCGGUUUUCUGCGUACAGUAACAGAUGACAUUACAGACCUGCCUGACUGUGGAUCUUCUACAUGCUGCAACUGUUCCCAUACUCAGUUUUCUGACACCUAACUUUCCUUGAUGUAAAAACUCAAACUGGUAAAAAUCUGCAGAAAAGUUUAAGCAUGUUUCACCUCAUGAAGAAAGACAAAGAGAAGGAGAAGGAGAAGGACUAUGGUAAGAAUAAGGAGAAAAAAGACAAGAAGGAGAAGAAGGAGCGUAUGUCGCAAGCAGAGUUAAAGAGUCUGGAGGAGAUGAGCAUACGUAGAGGCUUUUUCAAUAUAAACCGCGGGAGCUCCAAGAGGGAAUCUAGGAGCAAGUUGGAGAUAUCUGGUCCUAUACCUAUAAAAGUGGCCAGCAAUAUGGAGCUCAAUCUGACAGACCUGGAGGCUGAACGUCUUCACAGCAGCCUGGAACAGGAUGCUGGGAAUGUGAGUGCUAGUGUCUCCCGAGAACAUGUAAAGGGGAGCGAAGAGGAACAUCAGCGCAGCUCUGUGAAGGAAAGAGCUGCUAAGUUUGGGGAAUUGGCCAAGUUGAAUUCUGCUGUAGGUCAGAGGCACGUGUCUUUUCCUCAGAAGACCAGAGAGCACAAUACUUCACAGAACUGGACUGCAUCCUGGAGGUCAAAAUUUAAUCAGAAGGGCACCUAUGUGGUUCACAUCCCUGAGUUGGUGGAGAAGACCUUCCCUGGUACGGACCUACAGUUGCCUGUUCUUGUUGCUCCACCAAUGCCGGAUCCAAGAGAGCUAGAGCUUCAGCGGCGAAACACUGGGGAUUUUGGCUUCUCAUUGCGGAGGACCACCAUGCUAGACAGGAGGCCAGAUGGAGAAGUGUGCCGUCGCGUCGUGCACUUUGCUGAACCUGGUGCUGGCACCAAGGACAGGGUCCUGGGCCUUGCUCCUGGAGACAGGCUGGUAGAGAUCAAUGGGGUCAAUGUGGAGUGCAAGAGCCGGGAUGAGAUCGUGGAGAUGAUCCGUCAGUCCGGAGAGACGGUCCGACUAAAGGUGCAGACCAUCCUGGAGCUGAGUGAGCUGAACCGCAGUUGGUUGAGGACCGCCCAACGGCAGCACAGAGAAGUUUUUGAUCCCCUCUAUAUCUCAGCAGCUGUCCCUCGUCUAUCCCCUCUGCCCAACUCUUCUCACAUUACCCCCCAACCCAGCCACCACUCCUCAGACCAGUGUGACUGUGCUGUACUGGUGCUGACCCCGCCCCUGAAACUGCCCUCCCACUCACUCAGGACUAGUGAGCGCGUGCUCUGUGCAGACACAGGUUCUUUCCCUGCCUCGGCCCUGACGCCCCAGCUAGGAGAUUGGAAGGUUAACCAGGCCUGGAGAGGAGGUAAUGGGCUCGGGCCUCUGGUGGGCCGUGUAUGA